CCUCAACCAAGGACUCCGGCCACGAGCGCGCAGCUUGUGGCCUAUUCGGCUAUAGCUUGGUGCUGGACCAGGAGAGCGUUCAGAGGACGCUUUACUUGUAGCGAACCGCUUGAAGUUUGUACAUAGGGCAGGCUGAAGAGGAGGGGACACGGAAGGAAGAAUGGAAGGCUUGGGCACGUAGGGCGACUGAGUGGUUUGGAACGCAGCUGAGUGGUCACAUUGUCAAGUGCCAGCUUGCACCAUAUAUGCUGCGUUUGGUCCGUUGUAAAGCUUGUGAUCUUCCCCAGCUUUUGAGCAGCAAUACAGCUUGGGCAGCAGUCCCCGUUCUGCGAAGCUGCAAAUGUGUCAGGAUGCCCCAACCCAUGGGCUUAGGGAUCGCUGGUGAUGGCCUCAGAGCUGCUCCCAAGUACAUCCGGCUCUCUCAAAAGAGUGCGCACCAUCAGCGCAGAGCAAUUCUCGGGUUUUGUUUGUGACGCUGAACAGGGGCAGAAGGGGCAAACCAUGCCACCGAUGGACAGUGCGAAUCAAGAGCCAACUAGGAUGGACGGGCCGGAGAGCGCUGCUUAUGAAAGAGCUCAAGAGCACUUUGACGUCAGUGUGUCAGAUCAAGCAGUAAUCUCCACCUCAAGAUCCCAGCAACUGGAUUCUGACUCUUCCGGCUGGGAGGAUGGGGCGAGUGUCAAACUAGAACCAGGAAGAAGGGUCAGUCUAGGCGACCUCCCAGCAGAAGGAAGGCGCCUGUCGAGAGGCGGUUCUCCAAGCCCCAUCAUGAAGCAGCCUGAGGAGGGAGAGAGUGUAGCAGCUAAGGCUAUCCGGCUGUUGCUCAAGCCUGCGGACUGGAAACCGCCUCCCGAGAGGACCUUUCCUUUGUGUGGGGGGGAGGUGAUCGACCUCUGCAUGCAGACAGAAGCUCUGGUGGAGAAAGAGGGCUCCUGUCUCAGAGUGCAGGCACCAGUGAAGGUGUUUGGGGACGUGCACGGCCAGUACGCAGACCUCAUGCGGUUGUUUGACGCCUACGGAAGCCCAUCCAAACUCGACGCGAACGGGGACAUUGCCGCGUAUGACUACCUGUUCCUAGGUGACUACGUCGACCGCGGGAGGCACAGCCUGGAAGUCGUCUGUCUGCUGUUUGCCCUCAAGAUUGAGAACCCGACGCAUGUGCAUCUACUGCGGGGCAAUCACGAGGAUGCCAGUGUGAACUGCAUGUUUGGAUUCAUGGCGGAAUGCUGCCAGAGGCUGGGGCGGGAGAUUGGGGCGCGCUGCUGGACGACCGUCAAUUCGGUCUUCAAUUACCUGCCGGUGGGGGCGCUCAUUGCAGACAAGAUUUUGUGCAUACACGGUGGGAUUGGACAGACGGUGCAUACCAUCGCCGAUAUUGAGGGUGUGAAGCGGCCCUGCAGCGUCUCGUUGGACGGGCCCCCGUCCGUGGUCAAGGACCUGCUCUGGUCGGACCCGACCUCCGAUGAUUCCGUCCAAGGGUUCACCAGCAGCAAGCGGGGCCCUGGGGUGUCGGCGUUCGGCCCUGAUCAGGUCCACAAGUUUUGCGACCGCAACAAGAUUGACCUGAUUCUCCGGGCGCACGAGUGCGUUAUGGACGGCAUCGAGCGGUUUGCGGGCGGCCGGCUGAUCACCAUCUUCUCGGCGACCAACUACUGCGGGUCCAUAUGCAACGCGGGCGCCAUGGUGGUCAUUGGCCGGGACCUAGAGGUGGUGCCGAAGAUCAUCGAGUCCCCUGUUGCGCCUGCAUCUGCCCUGGCGCAAAGUGAACCAGAUGAGGAGCCCUCUAGCAAUGCACCGUCCCCUCAUUCGGUCCUAAGAGACAGGUCGCCCACGAAAGCUGCAAAGCAGAUCUCCGCUCCGGUCGAGUCGGAAAAGGCAGAGCGUUGGGAGCACAAUUCACUACCAUUCUUGGAGUUCGCUGAUUGCUGAGAGUUGCUAUAUAUUCAAGAACCAGGCUGUUUAGAUUAGGCAGGUGCCCAAGUUGCAGUCUGCAACCUGUACAUGGGGACAGGUGAUUCAUUCGGAGUUCAGGUGUAAGGUGUAGGAAUGAGGUGUCUUUUUGGCUGAGGAUCUGCGGACUGUCCGGUUACUUCGGGUUGACCUUGACAAUAGGAGUUCCGAGCUAAGGCAUGCAAAGCGACUGGAAGAAUCUGUCCAGCAUUUAACGUUGCAUCUUUUCCAACCGGGUCCGUUCAAACAAGCUCCAAACUGAGUAUAGUUUACUGUAGAGUAUGGUAGGAAGGCACUUGCCUGCACGGCUUGCUGAGUAAACAGCUGACGUUUGUCUUGAUACGUUCGUGUGUUUCAAUCAGGUGAUCCACCUUAGUGCUUCGAACUAGCCUCUUUAUACAUAUUCC